ACACAGCUUCGAUUUCUGUUUGUCGCAUUUCUCGCAUUCAUUCGCUGGGUCCCCCUCGUCCUUGGAUCUCCUCCCACCCAGUCCUUAUCAAGAACCCGACCCGGAGAAGCAAGAAUUGGUCGGUGGAGCGCCGAGAUUGUAAUCCCCUUGAAGAAGCUUGUUCUUUCAACUGGGCCGAUGGCUUUGAGAGAGGGGUUCUUCCUUCUUAUGCUUAUUAUUACCUGGGCAAGUACUGAUGCUAGAAGCUCAGUGAACUUUGAUAUUAUGGCAACAGAAAUUGGCACUGGAACACCUCAAAGCCGAAGUAAAAUAUCAAAGGCAGUCAAAGGAAAUGAUCAAUUGUGCACAUUAUGUGAGAACUUUACUGCACAGGCUACACAAUAUAUUGGUGAAAACAAGACUCAAACUGAGUUACUUGAAACCCUUCAUCAAGCAUGUUCUGAGAUGAAGCCUUUCGAGGAGCAGUGCAUUCUGUUAGUGGACUUCUAUGCAUCUCUUUUCUUUGCCGAGAUCUCUAAGAUACACCCAGAAGAGUUCUGCAAAAAAUUUGAUCUUUGUGAGGAGAUGGAUUCUAUUAAUCUGCGAACAAGUGAUGAUUCCUGCUCCCUUUGUCAUGAUGUUGUUGCUAAAGUAUUUAUCAAACUCAAAGAUCCUGACACUCAGUUUGAGGUAAUUAAGAUGCUUCUUAAGGAAUGCAAUGAGGUGGAGAAUUAUGUCAAAGAGUGCAAGAAGCUGGUCCUCCAGUAUGGCCCUCUGAUCCUGGUCAAUGGUGAAAAAUUCCUGGAGAACACAGAUGUUUGUACUGCCAUCCAUGCAUGCAAGACCAGCAAAGUGGAACUCAUCAGCACUGUUUUGGUGGCAGAAUAUUAGUUCAUAUAAUAUAAGAAAUGAUGUAUUGCAUUAACUCCUAUUAACUGACACUGGAUGAUGAUGUGUUGGUAGCAUUCACAGGCAGUCUUUAUAUGCUGUAGCUCAUUGCUUGAUGAAUCAUGAACCAUGUUGGUUGUUGUCUAUUCUAUGGAGAUAUCUAUUAUCUGUUAUGCCA